AUGGGAAGCAAUCAGACAUGGAUCACAGAAGUCAUCCUGCUGGGAUUCCAGGUUAAUCCAGUGCUGGAGGUGUUCCUCUUUGGGCUCUUCUUGCUAUUGUACAGCCUCACCCUUAUGGGAAAUGGGGUCAUCCUGGGGCUCAUCUGGAUGGACUCCAGACUUCACAGCCCCAUGUACUUCUUCCUCUCACACCUGGCCAUGGUUGAUAUGUCCUAUGCCACAAGCACCAUCCCUAAAAUGCUGGCAAAUAUCAUGAUGCAGAAAAAAAACAUCUCCUUUGCUCCAUGCAUAUUUCAGACUUUUUUGUAUUUGGCUUUUGCUGUCACAGAGUGUAUGAUUUUGGUGGUAAUGUCCUAUGAUCGGUAUACAGCCAUCUGCCAUCCCUUGCAAUACACCAUCAUAAUGAGCUGGAGAAAUUGCAUUGGUCUGGCUGCCACUUGUUGGAUAUUUAGCAUCCUCUUGUCUCUGGUCCAUAUUAUUCUCCUCCUGAGACUGCCAUUUUGUGGGCCACACAAAAUCAACCACUUUUUCUGUCAAAUCAUGUCUGUAUUCAAACUGGCCUGUGCUGACACUAGACUCAAUCAAGUUGUCCUCUUUGCUGGCUCUGUCUGUGUUUUAGUCGGGCCUCUUUGCUUGGUCCUGGUCUCGUACACCUGCAUCCUGUUCACCAUCCUGAGGAUCCCGUCAGAUGAGGGUCGUAGAAAGGCUUUUUCCACCUGCUCUUCUCAUCUCUGUGUGGUUGGGCUCUUCUUUGGCAGUGCCAUCGUCAUGUACAUGGCCCCCAAGUCCAGUCAUUCUCAAGAUCAGAGAAAGAUUCUCUCACUGUUUUAUAGCCUUUUCAACCCUAUGCUGAAUCCCCUGAUCUACAGUUUGAGGAAUGCAGAGGUGAAAGGAGCCCUGACAAGAGUUCUGUGGAAACAGAGGUCACUGUGA